ACGCUCCUUCCGCCCCCUCUUUUCUCUCUCUCAUACAGUGCAGAGUUCUGACACAAUUUUUUCUCCAAAUUACGCUUUAAAUGCCCUAAUUCGUCUACUUCUCGCCGAAAAUUAAUCCUCUAAUCUCUCUCUUCCGCUGCUAUGAGCGGAGCUCCUCCUUCCGGUAGUGGGAGGGAACUCGCUAACCCUCCAUCCGACGGCAUCUCGAACCUCCGCUUCUCAAAUCACAGUGACCAUCUCCUUGUUUCGUCCUGGGACAAGAGUGUUCGUCUCUACGAUGCAAGUGCGAACGUGCUCAAGGGCGAGUUCAUGCACGGCGGCCCCGUUCUUGACUGCUGCUUCCACGAUGAUUCCUCUGGUUUCAGUGCGAGUGCAGAUUUCACUGUCCGGAGGUAUGUCUUUAGCUCAGGCAAAGAAGAUAUUUUGGGACGGCAUGAUGCUCCAGUACGUUGUGUUGAAUACUCCUAUGCUGCAGGUCAAGUUAUUACCGGCAGUUGGGACAAAACAUUGAAAUGCUGGGAUCCAAGAGGUGCAAGUGGGCCAGAACACACUCUUGUUGGAACAUACCCCCAACCUGAACGGGUGUAUUCUCUUUCUUUAGUUGGCCAUCGCCUUGUAGUAGCAACUGCAGGGAGACACGUAAAUGUCUAUGAUUUAAGAAAUAUGUCUCAACCUGAACAGCGAAGAGAGUCAUCCUUGAAAUAUCAAACUAGAUGUGUGCGAUGCUAUCCUAAUGGUACAGGUUUUGCUCUUAGUUCCGUGGAGGGUCGAGUUGCUAUGGAAUUCUUUGACUUGUCUGAGGCAAGCCAAUCUAAGAAGUAUGCAUUUAAGUGUCAUCGAAAAUCAGAGGCUGGAAGGGACACUGUAUACCCUGUUAAUGCUAUUGCAUUCCAUCCCAUAUAUGGGACCUUUGCCACUGGAGGUUGUGAUGGUUAUGUCAAUGUCUGGGAUGGAAACAACAAGAAGAGGCUAUAUCAGUACUCGAAGUACCCAAGUAGCAUAGCAGCAUUAUCCUUUAGCAAAGAUGGCCGUCUGUUGGCCGUUGCAUCCAGUUACACUUUUGAAGAGGGAGAUAUACCUCACGAACAAGAUGCUAUUUAUCUUCGGAAUAUUAAUGAAGUUGAAGUCAAGCCAAAGCCUAAAGCAAUUCCUGCUGCUGCUCCGCUAUGAUUGAACACUCUUGAGAAGAAAAGGUCAGCGACAGGUACAACCCAUCAAAGGAAAUCUGGAAAAUGCUCAGACGAGUUCUAAAACUUCCUUUUUUUCCCUUCAGUGUUAGCAAACUGUUGCUAUGUUAUGUUCUCAGUCAUGACAUGGAUCUAUCUGGAGAAAGCAUUUUGCUUCAUUACAUUACUUUAGUUUCUUGUUUUCACUUUCUCCAUCUUUAUGAAGCUACGUUUGAAUGCAUAGAAGUCUUUUUAAGCUGAAGGUAAUUUAGUAGGUACUGCUGAAUUGCUUCGUCUUAUAUUAUGCAGAAAAAAUUAUGGUAGAAUGUACUUAUUUGCAUGUUGAUUUAGGACAUCUGCAAUCAUUUCUUUCUUCAAUCUAAUCCCUACUCUUUUCUUGUAA